UGUACAUAUGAAUGUAUAAUAUUCUUAAUCAACAUCUGACGGACCGUUCAUCCGUCUUUCCGUAGAAACGUGGAUCUCAGACGUGGAUCGCAGAGACAAUGUGAUUAGUUCAGUUUAAUAUUAGCAACUUUCAUAUUUAAAUAGUCUGCGGAGUAAUUAAAUGAUUUCCUCAACUCGAGUUUUAAUUUUUCUUUUAAAUGUAAUCAAAAUAUAAAAGUUAAAUUCUUAAUUGAAAGCUUUGAAUUUAAAAAAUUUUGAAAAACUCCAAAUAUUCUACCCGAUGUGGCCUUUAUUCCGAUGGACAAGAGAGAUAACCUUGGGAAAUACCCAAACUGUUCAAAUCAUAUAAGAACAUGGGCACAGAGUCUUCGUUUUGAAAUAACCCCGGCUUAGUUUUCAUUCAACCGAAACAUAGUGAUCUGAAAGCACGCCAUGGAACCGCGAGUUAUACUUAUAGUUUCAAUUAUCUCGGUUUUGGUCCUGACAGACUUGACUGUCGCCGACGAAGAGUGUUACCAAAAAGCAGUUGAAGUUGUUCAGCCAAUAUUAAACCAUUUUGUGGAGUUGAAAAUGGCCGCGCAUAACAGCCAGUUAAAAGAUUUGAUAAAUAAAAUUAAUAUAAAAGAUGAACAAAUAAAGGCGCUGAUUGAAAGCAGCGAAGAGCAAAAAAACACAAUAAACACUCUGACCAAAAACAACGAUGCUCUGAUAAAAGCACAAAGUGGCAAUGAAGAGCUGAUAAGGAUUAUUAAAAGUGAAAUAAGCCAGAAAAACAAUGAAAUAAAUUCAUUUAAAACUCAAAUUUGUGAAGAUCUUAAAAAAGCUAGUGAAGAAAAAGACUAUUUUAAUAUUAAACUACUUAGUUGUUCGGACAAUAUUAAUAAAAACAAGAAUUCUUUGUUGGAUAAAAAUGUUGGAGAAAUCCAGGAAAAGACUGAUCAGGCAAUGAGCAAGGAAUCCCAAAAUAAGGACCUAACCAGUCAAAUAAAUGUUUUACCCCAAAACUUAACUAAAACAAUUGAAAAUGUUGGAAAAUGUGAUGAAAUAAGCCCUUGCCCCACUGCCAGCAAAGGCCUAUUCCAUAUAAAGCAUCCGGAAGUGAGUGCAUUUGAGGCUCCUUGUAAUGGAUCUGGAUGGAUGGUAAUUCAGAGACGGAUGGACGGCAACGUGGACUUUGAUCGCAAUUGGACGGAAUACAGAGAUGGGUUUGGAAAUUUGAGAGGAGAGUUCUUCUUAGGCUUGGAGAAGGUGCACCUCAUAACUCAGUCGAGGCAGCAUGAACUGCUUAUCCGUCUGGGAAAAGUGAACGGGUCCACUGAUUUCGUCCAGUAUGAUAAUUUCAGGAUUGGUAGUGAGAAGGAUUCCUAUCCAUUGGAAUCGGUUGGAAACCCCACUGGAGGUGCAGGCGACUCCCUUAUAGAACACCAUUUGAACAUAAAGUUCUCCACUAUUGACAGGGAUAAUGACGUGGCUUGUAGAAAUUGUGCUAGCUAUAUGGGUGGUGGCUGGUGGUUUAAUAACUGUGGAUACAGCAACCUAAACGGAAGGUUCUACAAAGAUGGUAAAACGGACGAUGAGAAUGGGAUAAUUUGGGGAAGUUGGCACGAAUACGACUGGUCUGUUUCACUUACAUUUGUCGAAAUGAUGAUUAGACCCAAACCCUUUUAAGAACAUUUUGGAAUAUGGAAACCCGUCCACACAAAACUAGUUGUAAACACAAAAAUGAAGAUUAAUGCGGAUAAAAAACAAAAACAUUAAAAUAAAAUAUAUAUGCGUAUAUUGCGGUG